UUUUGGUCAAUAUACUCGUCGUCAAACAUCCCAUUCAAUUCUCAGACCAAACAUAGAAGAAGAACCAAGUUCGAUCGAAACUCUUUUACAACAAAAAAUAGUGAAAGAGAAAAUCCACCAAGAUUCUAAUGGAUCCGUCGGCAUAUUUCGCCGGCGGUAAUCCUUCUGAUCAACAGACUCCAAAACGUCAGCUUCCGAUCUAUGGUCCUCGUCCUUCACCUCUAAGCGUCCACAAAGACUCUCACAAGAUCAAGAAACCUCCUAAACACCCUGCUCCACCUCCUCAGCAUCGUGACCAACCUCCACCUUACGCUGCUCGAGAGCCGGUGGUUAUCUACGCCGUUUCACCAAAGGUCGUGCACACCACAGCCUCCGACUUCAUGAACGUCGUCCAGCGUCUCACCGGGAUCUCCUCUGAGGUCUUCCUCGAUUCAAGAAACGACGGAGAUGUAUCACCUGCGGCGAGACUCGCCGCGACGGAGAAUGCUAGCCCGAGAGGAGGAAAGGAACCGGUAGGAAUCUCGACGGCUAUGGAAGAAGCAGCUGAGUUCAGUGGUUACCCGCCGGGUAUACUCUCGCCGUCUCCGGCUAUGUUACCGACAGCUUCCGCCGGAAUGUUCUCCCCGAUGUUUCAUCUAGGUGGGUUGUUCUCCCCGGCGAUACCACCCGGAUUAUUUUCGCCGGCGGGAAUAAUGAGCCCUGGUUAUGCUAGUUUGUCUGCUUCACCAACUUUUGCUGAUUUCUUCAGUCACAUUUGGGAAUAAUAGAUUAUUAGUUUUUUUUUUUUACAUUUAUGUAACUUUAUUAAUUUUGACAUUAUCCAAAAAUAGCCCAAAGGGUUUUAAAAUGAGUUUUGUGUAUUUGUAAUCUAAACUAUAUAUUAUAUACAGUGCCGUGCGAAGACACGUAGAAACCUAA